AUGUCGGAACAAGUUAUGGUUUUGGGUAAAGUAAACAAAGGAAUCAGCAAGACAUCUUCAGUCCAAGGUUAUGAAUCUGCUUGGUUAGGUCGUUGGACUCAGUUAGGUAAUGAAGUGAAGAACUUUCAUGAUCAGAACAAUGGUGAGUCCAAGAAGGACUUGAUUAGGCCUGAAGAUAAUGUAAAAGAGAAUCAAAAAAGAAAAUCUGGUAAAGAAGAAGGAGUCGAGGUCUUGCCAUUUCGUAUGUUCAAAGUGUCUCAGAAGAGAGACAUCACUAGAGAUGAUGUGGGUUCAAGCUCGAAAGCUAUGGCUAAUAGAUUGCCUUGGAUGUAUGUUCAAGGAGAUAAUGCUGGAGUCAGUUCUAAUAGCCAUCUUGAUUUCCCAAUUCAAGAAAAGACUACACAGAACCUGCUAGAGUUGAUAAGACCGGUGAGGUUUUACGCAACUGUUGAUUCGGUUAGCUUGCCCGAGGAAGAUGGUGGUCAUCAGGUCUUGAAGAACGGUUCCACGGUUUCAAUGAAACUGAAAGGGAAGAUCUUUGGUGGUUAUCUUGAUCUGUUUCCUAAUAAAGGUCAUCAACAUAAAGGAGGAGUAAAGCUGCAAUCUCUAGAAAGCUCAGAGGAUGGACCGAAGAAAAACGAAUCAUCGGCAGAGACUGAUGUCAUGGAGAUUGAUAGACUUCAGACUAUACAUCGUUCUGACUCUAUUUCCUCAUCUUCAACUAAGGGGAAAGGAAGAAAAGGAGAUUCAUGCAUUCAGAGAGCUGAAAUACCUGACAUGAAUGAAGAACCUCCUCUGGUUCUUGAUAGAGAGAACUCGAUAGAAGAAGGGCAUCAGGGAGAAACAAGCAACUCGGCUACACAAAGUAUGAACGUGGACCAGUUUCUUUCGAGAGAGUGCAAACGCGUGCGGCUGGAGCCAGAACUGGAACCUGGUUCCAGUAGAUGGGUCAAGCGUCUGAAGACAAACGCCUCAGAUGAAACCAAGAGCUUGAUGGAGAUAGAAGAAGCAUCGCAGGGACAAAAGGGGAACAACAACAACCUGUUUCUUGAAAUCUUGAAAUCAGGAAUCAACAAUCUCCAACCAAAAAACCAUCAAGAACAACCCGCCGCAGCCACUUCUCAAAUCAAGAAUCUGAACCAGGGAGGUGAAGAAGACAUUACGCUUUCACAUCCAUGGAUACAGAGAUGGUGCAAGAAGAAAGAUACAUCGACAAAUCAGCCAGGAGGGGGACACGAAGGUAGCUUUGAGCCAGAGAACCAAAAGGAGUUGGAGAAGAAACAGUAUCCGAGUAUUGCAGCCAUGGCACUCAUGGGGAAGGCUUUAAGCGGUUUAAACCCUUACGGUCUUAGAAAGACUGAUUCUCUCAUGGUGUGGAAUGCUCGGGAUUUAAGGUAG